AUGGCGAUACUUGAAGAAAUUAAUGAAGAAACAGCAAAUGUAUUCAAGCUGAAUAGAGAUAUAAAUGAGCUCAAUCAAGAAGAAAUGGCUCUUAUAAAAAGCUUUAUUGCAGAGCAAGUGGCUAGAAAUUCUGCUGACUACGAGAAACUGACAUCUCAAAUGACUCGAGAAUUAAACAAGUGCGACUUUGAAGACAUGGCAAUACAACCUCAAGUAGGCUUUGUAUGCAAGACAAAGAUAGUAAAAUCUACGAGUAAUAUAAAGCCUGGAACGUCAAUUUAUAUCAACAUUUGCUUUAAUUGUAACCUUCCUGGGCCUGAAUACACUGGAGAUGAACAGGAAUUAAAGAAAGCCUUGAAUGGAGAUCCAACUUCAACCUAUCGUCUACCAUUAUACGUAAGUGAGCCAAGACAUGAAGAUGGCCACAUCAUUAUGGACACAGUCAUCCAGACACGAGCAUAUUCGCGAACAUUAAAGGAUUUGGAGUAUAGAUUGUACGUGUUGGAAAUUGCAAUAGAGAAUGUCGAACAAAAGUUGAAUGCCAGCUUAAGCAGAGAGUUUAAGAUACCGGCUUAUAUGUCUCACAAGGGAGGACCAAUUCCAUCCAUGAUGGUAAAACAACCCAAAGAACUUACAUUUAACAAGCUACGUACUGCACUUGAGCAAAGAAAGGAAGAAUGGAAACCUAAAGAAUUUAUACAAAAAAAGAAUGAUGAAUUGGUUAUUGUGAUUCCUAUGCCUCAUCAGAAUACCAACGAAUGGAAAGUACAAAUAUCACAAGAUGAAUUACUACUCUACGCUGAACGACAAACACAUCCAAUCAGGCUAAAAUACUCUAUUGAUGUAAAUAAUCCUGAAAAUAGAGUAGAUUUUUAUAAAAGGGACAAACAGCUCGUUUGUAAAUGUAAAUUGUUAAAUAGAAGGCAGUUCAUAUAA